AAAAUUUGGGGGUUAUUUAGCACAUGAUUAAUGACGGGUUUUCUAAAAAUUCUUAGUCAAAUUAUUUCUAAACAUUCACAGUUUUCAAUGCAGGUGUGCGACGAUAGAUUCCCUCCCUCUUCCUUAAGCCUUACUCCAAAGAAUAAUCUCUCUGAAUCUGAACUCUCAUCUCAUUUCACCCUCUCUGCUUAAACCCCAAAUUAGGAUUUAAAUUUUUUAGGGUUAGGCCAAAUAUUUUCCCUAUUUUUUCCAAUGGAUUUCCAGAGGAAAAGAGUUCAGCUUCCGGGCUUCAUCGUCGGAGUCAUCGUUCUCAGUUAUACAGCUGAAAAAUGUAGGCACCUGGUUGGAGAGGAGGCAUCAUCCCAAAGUGGGCAAUUUACUUUGUUAAAUUGCUUUGAUAUGGGCUCUGGUUCCGUAGCUUGUGCAGUGAAGGAGGGUGUGAAGCUUUAUUUCUAUAACAUUAGAUCUGUUCAUGUUGAGAAAGCAAGGAAUCUUGCAAUUGAGAAAGCGAUUGAGGAUGCAGUGUCUCAAGGCAUGGCUGCUAAAGAGGCUGCAAAACGCGCACAAAUAGAAGGGAAAAAAGCGGCAAAGUUGGCCACACGACAAGCCAAGCGCAUUAUAGGUCCAAUCAUUUCCUCUGGUUGGGACUUUUUUGAAGCUUUAUACUAUGGUGGUACUAUUGCUGAAGGAUUUCUAAGGGGUACAGGCACAUUAUUUGGUGCCUAUGGUGGUGGUUUUAUCGGUGAGCAAAGCCUCGGGAGAGUUGGUUAUCUGGUGGGAAGUCAUUUGGGGAGUUGGGUUGGUGGUAGGAUCGGACUGAUGGUUUAUGAUGUGGUUAAUGGAGUGCAUUACUUGCUUCAAUUUGUUCAAGCUGAAGAAAGCCCUGUCUAUGAAAAAUCAGAAGUUUCAGGGGAUUCCUAUGUUUAUGGAAACUCAGACGCAUAUGAAUCUCCACCUGAUGAGAGCUCCGAAUCACAAGAAAGUGAAAAUCAUAAGGAUUCCUACAUUAAAGAAAAUUCAGAUGAAUAUGAAUCUCCACCGGAGGAGAACUCUGAAUCGCCAGAAAGUUUUAGUUUCUGGUGAACACAUCUUGUUGGACAGACAAAGAACAAAUUUCUUGUUAGAGAUCCAUGCUGUACUUAUACAAACAGAUAUGUUAACUGCUAAAGGAGCCUAAAGUCAACUACAGCAGCUUAGAGGUAGAAACUGGACCAUUUAAGAUGAGUUUGGAUCAAGUUAGUUGUAGUAUUGUUUCGGGUUAAAUUGGAUUAGUAUACUAUGGUGUAAGUUAAAUAUCAUUUCAUAGUUGGUAAAGAUCAUUAUGCUUAUUGUUAUCAUUAAUUUGUAAUACUUGGAAACUUUUAUCCGUGUAAUCAUAUACUCAUUAAUUGUGGAA